ACUGAUCGAUUACGAAAAUAAUCGAUAUUUUCAGCCUUACAUUUAAGGUAAAGUGGACAGUUUCACGCUGCACCCGAGGAACACGGUGUAACGAGAUCAAACGCUGGCUCAACUAGUGGUUCCGUUCUUCCCGACAGGACGUGAACGCCGCACCAGUCCAGGGGCGGGUAGGCGCUAACCGUGCAGUAUGGCGGACGAUGGAGACAGUUCGAGCGGACCAGUUGACACAAGCGGCGGGCAGGGGGCAGCGGAUGAGUCGGACGGGCUCGGCCUCGGCGGGAUGUUGCUGAAUAUCAGUAUUUUGGUUCUGGUGGUGGCGGUCUGUCUGGCGGUGUACUGGCGGUGGGGCAGGCGGCUCGGCUCCAACGCGGCCCAGGGCGACGAGGCCUCGGCGCUUCCCAAGAUGAGGAGACGGGACUUCACUCUGGAGCAGCUGCGGGAGUACGACGGGCUCCAGAACCCCCGCAUCCUGAUGGCUGUCAACAUGAAAGUUUUCGACGUGACCAGCGGCAAAAAGUUUUACGGGAAAGAUGGUCCUUACGGCAUUUUCGCGGGCCGGGAUGCUUCGAGAGGCCUGGCCACCUUCUGCCUGGAGAAAGACGCCCUGAGGGACGAGUACGACGACUUGUCAGACCUCAGCGCUGUACAGAUGGAGAGCGUGAGGGAGUGGGAGAUGCAGUUCAUGGAAAAAUACGAUUACGUUGGGAGGUUGCUGAAGCCCGGGGACGAGCCAUCGGAGUACACGGACGAGGAGGACAUCAAGGACCACCUGAAACACGACUGAGCGGGUUCCAUCACACCGACCAAAGCCAGGAGCCCCCAAACGGCUGCGACAGACCGCCCCAGCCCCACCCCACCCCAGACCUCCUCCUCCUCCAUCAUCAAUCCACUCUUCACCUGCCCCCCCUCCCACUCCCCCCACCCUAAAACCCUCACCUCCUGAAUCUGUCCUGGUGGCUGUGGUUGUUCUGGAAGGACUGGACUCAAGUCUCAAUGCCCAGACCUCCCUCCCUCUUCAUCCCCGCAGAGAUUACCACCGACAGGAAGCGAUCGGAAACCUUUCGCCGAGGGCGCUUUUAUAAAGCGGAGAGAGAGAGGUUGUGCCAUUCGAUGUAUUUGACACAAAACCACAAAAUAUUUACAGGGAGGGAGGGAGGGAGCGAGGGAAGGGGGUGAGUGUGGUCGCCGCUGAGCGCUGGGUGAAGGUCGGUCGGAGUUAGUCAGACACACAUUGGUCAGAGAUGAUCAGUGGAUUGGGAUGGGGAAACAGAUUUCUCUCUUUUUAUCUGUGGUUUAGUCACAUUUGCAACUGAAACUGCUUCAGCUUUGGACAGCUUAUCAAUCAAUCAUUUCUCUGUUUGUUUUGUUUUUUGUUCAAAUCAUUUCCCCCUCCCCUCCACCCUCCCCCACCCACCCACCCGCCAUGUUGAGAGGGCAGUGCUGUGGCCUAACCAAAGGUAAUUGGCAGGGCGUCGCAUUUUCCUGUUGUGUUUGUAGUGUAUGCACUACUAGUUUUCUUUGUUUGUCACCAUGUGAUUGUAUUUGUUGAGUAGCAUAGAGGGAGGGAGGGUGGGAGGGAAGGAAGGAAGGCUUUUUUUUUUCCUUUUCUUUUUUUUUAAUUUCUUUUGGAUGGGCUUUAGGGGUUGGGGUGGGAGGGGGUCAAAGGUCCUUGCCAUAUGAAACCUGUUUUGAAUCACAUCAGAUGGACUGAAUCACUGAUUGGGAAUACAAAAGGGAAGGGUGAUAAGGCAGUCCUAAUCAAUCGACUUCAAUUGUUUACAUGCCUCACAAGCCAGCUGCAAAGUCUGUAGAUUCCCCUGAAAAUGGUCCAAGUAUUAAUUGUGCCUUAUUUUGUUUGUUGUGUCAGUCCUGACUGGUCUAACGGGAGGAGGUGAGCGAGGCGAAGGGAUGGAGGUGUUGGUUUUCUCCUAGACUCGGUGCCCCAGACUUUAAAAGAAGGCAUACGUUCUGACAGUCGUCCACGCACAGACUGUAAUAUUUCCCCACUUCACAAACUUUGUAAAUAGACCGUAUGAAUUACUCAGUGUUACUGCCAUAUUUAUGUAGUUGAUGAACUCCAUAUACGUAUAAUGCUAUGUCGUAUUGGCCAAAACCCCCAUGGUUUGUGUUUUCUUUUUUUCAGUUCUGAUCUUUUUAAACGUGGGUGAAUUUCCAAAAAAGAAAACAAACAAACAAACAAAAAAAGGAGCGUUGCAAAGUGCUGCAGGGCGGGACCGGGAGCUGUUCUUGCAAUUUCUUUUUUCUUUUUUCUUUUUUUUUUUGUUUUUGGAGACGUUGCUUAUCCUGUAAAUAUAUCUAUCAUUUUAUUAAAGCAUGUGCAACAACAAAAGUGAGCUAUGCCGAAUUCCCACCACGUCAUGUAUUUAAAUGUUGGGUGUGUGUGUGUGGUGUCUGCGUGACCGAGGCAGGAAGGGAUUUGUUCAUGCAUAAUAAAUCGAUUUGGUUAAUAAUUGAA